AUGAAAGAAUCAACCAUAAUGCAAAUACAUUAACAAUAACUUGGGAAUGCUUUGGUCCAAAUAAUGAACCAAUCAAGGCAUAUUGUGCAUACUAUAAUUAUUAUAUUGCUGUUCAUAAUUGUUAACCUUAUUGUUUAUAAUGUUCAGAUUAAUCUACAUGUACUUAAUGGAACAGCACUUAUGAUUCUAAUAUAGUUAAAUUUUCUCAAGCAGAAUGCUAGAGUAAUCAAUAUUAUGAUAAAGAAUCUGUUAGAUGUAUAACUUGUCCAUCAUCUUAUUGUGUAAACAUGUUAAUCAACUUAUACCUAAUCUAAAUUAGGAUGUACUUGCACAAUACAUUAAUAUGAAGAUUCAAAUUAAUGUCUUAAUUGUCCUAUUGAAUGUAAUUAAUGUUUAAGUUCUACUAAUUGUAUAGAAUGCUUGACUAUUAAUAAUAGACAAUUGUCAAAUGGGUAAUGUAAUUGUAUUGAUGGAUAUUAUCCAAUUAUUUCUGAUCCUAAAUGUUAGCUAUGUCAUUAAUUUUGUAAAACUUGCACUGGACCAACAUCUGAUGAAUGUUUAACUUGCAAUGAUAUUCCUAAUAUUGAAAAAGUAGGAUCAACGUGUAGAUGUCCAACAGGGAUGUCUUAUUAAUUUACAAUAUAAACUUGUUCAUCUUGUCAUUCAUCAUGCUUAACAUGCUUUAGAAUCACAAUUGAUGGCUGUUUAACAUGUAAUUCUACUUUAAAUAGAUUAUUAAAAGGGUUAAAAUGUGUUUGUGCACCUGGUUAUUAUGAAUUAAGUAAUGUUUGUACAAAUUGUCCAAUUACAGAAGAUCCAUCUCUUAGCGAAUGUUAUAAAUUGUGUAAUAAUAAUUAGUUGAUAUGGCAUACAAUAACUUGUAGUUCUUGUGAUACUGGAUUUCAAUUAGUAUUUGGAGAAUGUCAACCUAUUUGUGGAGAUUUAUAAAUCAAAGGAUAUGAAUAAUGUGAAGAUAAUAAUACAAUCCUUAAUGACUUAUGCUAUAAUUGUUAAUUUUAAUGUCCAGCUCAUUGUUUAACUUGCGAUUUAUUAACUACUUUACCUUGUCCUGAUGUUUGUGGAGAUGGAAUUAUUACAGGAGUAGAAGAAUGUGAAGAUGGGAAUACUAUUUAAUAUGAUGGAUGUUUUAAUUGUAAAUAUCAAUGUUAACCCUAAUGUACAAAGUGUAUAAAAGGACUAUGUUUUGAGUGUGCAACUGGAGGUUGGUAUAUUGAUCCUUUAAUUACUCCUUGGUAAUGUAAAGAAAAAUGUGGAGAUGGGCUAAUAAUUGGCAGUGAAUAAUGUGAAGAUGGAAACACUUCUGAUACGGAUGGGUGCAAAGAUUGUAAGUACUUCUGCAGAAUUGGUUGUUCAUCUUGUGAUUAUACAACCAAAAAAUGCUUAAGUUGUGCACUCCCUGGGUUUGUUCUUAAAUCUUACUAUUGUGAAAAUGUAUGUGGAGAUGGCUUAGCCGUAGUUGAUCCUUCAGGGAAGUCAAUUCAGAGCAAUGUGAUGAUGGCAAUACAAUUAAUAAUGAUGGUUGCAGUAGCUCUUGUUAAUUUUAGUGUUAGCCAACAACUAUUUGCACAAGUUGUGUAAAUAAUAGAUGUGAAAAUAUGCGCUACUGGAUAUUAUCUUUCUGAUAAAAAAAUAUGUAUACCAAUUUGUGGGGAUGCUUUGGUUGUGGGUUGGUGA